AUGACUUCAACGAGCGCCAGCAAGGCAAUCAUUAAGAAUGCUGACAUGUCAGACGAGAUGCAGCAACGGGCUAUCGACUGCGCCAAAGAUGCCAUGAAUCAGUUCACCAUUGAGAAGGAUAUCGCGGCGUACCUUAAAAAGGAGUUCGACAAACUCUACAGCCCCACCUGGCACUGCAUUGUUGGUCGAAAUUUCGGAAGCUACGUGACACAUGAAACAAAGAAUUUUAUCUACUUCUACAUGGGCCAAGUGGCUAUUCUGCUCUUCAAAUCUGGCUAA